AUGGCCGGAACCAAACUAAGUGGACGACAAAUUAUGCAGUUAUUCUACACGAAAGUGAGUCAAGUACUUUCUACUAAAAAUAAGGACGGAGAAUCGGAAGUAUCGACAGUUUUUCGAUGCAAAUGCGGAAAAACUCGCGCCCAGAAACUGAAACAUGGCUACACGAACUUAGUACAGCAUGUAGUGGUAAAACAUUCGGAUUGGAUUAUGGCUACAAUGCGAGAGAAUUAUCCAAGUUCUGUUCCUGCAAUGGUCAAUUGUAUCAAGUCGUCGACAAUCGUAAACAAGAAACAGACAAGAGCUCAAGGAGACGACGUCUUGACGACUGAUGAUAAAGAAGAGACCAAAGAGAAUGCAAUUGUUUCGGAGUUAAAGGACGAGGAAGUUGAAUCAAUUACACAAGCGACAAUGACAGUAAAGACGUUGCCAAAAGUGCAAAAGCGGUCGGAUUAUUUAUCGUGGGAUGAUUAUUUCAUGAGUGUUGCCUUUCUGAGUGCCAUGCGCUCAAAAGAUCCGUCGACUCAAGUUGGAGCGUGCAUUGUAAACUCCGAACGGAAGAUUGUUGGAAUCGGAUACAAUGGAUUUCCGAAUCGAUGUGGAGAUGAUGAGUUGCCCUGGGCACGUGAAAGUGAGACGAACUCGCCACUUGAUACGAAAUACCCGUAUGUUUGUCAUGCGGAAAUGAAUGCCAUUUUGAACAAAAACUCGACGGAUGUGAAAGGAUGCACGAUGUACGUGGCGCUUUUCCCAUGCAAUGAAUGUGCCAAGCUCAUCAUACAGAGUGGCAUUUCGCGUAUCGUCUACUGCUCCGACAAGUACAAGCAGGACUGGAAGUUCGUAGCGUCGCGUCGGCUUUUGGACAUGGCCGGUGUGCAGUACACGCAGCACCAGCUUCAGCGUUCCAAGGUCGUCAUUGACUUUACCUCUGUCCGAUAA